GUAAAAGUUGUGAGGUUAUGUUAGUUCUUGUAUUUUAGUGCAAAUUUGUUUAGUACAUAUUUUUUCAUCUAAAUAUAUUAACUGAUUUUUGUGGUAAGUAUUUAAUUAUCGAUAUAAUUUAUCUUUACAUUUUUUAAAUAUAUAUUUUAAUUUUUCCAACUGUCCUGUCCAAUGUGUGCUUGGUUUCAAAUAUUCAAUUGACUCUUGUGUAAUAGCCUACCGCUCAAGAUCAAUCAAUGUAUGAAUACUUUUUGAAGCUGAGAAGAAUCAAUCUACAAUAGUAAGCAUCUCUACUCGGUAAUGCCAAUUUUCCUUUUAUAAUCAUGUCAAGAGGAACAAGCAAACCAAUGUCUGACGAAGAAGAAGAUAGUGACAGCAAUAGUUCGAUUGAAAGCCUCAGCAGUUCAUCAUGGAAGAUUGAACCGAAAGUUGAAACCUUGAAACCCUCUUCAUGCUCUCCAAAAGUGAUAGAUUUCUCAGACUCGAGUUCUGAAUGCAGCGAUGGAACGUAUGAAGCCAAAGUUUUGAGCUACUUGAAUGGAAUUUCUAUUCAGGAAAACUCAAAAACCGAGGAGAAAUCUCUCUCCACAUCAAAGAUAGAGCCGUGCUCUCCAAAAGUAAUAGAUUUCUCCGACUCGAGCUCUGAAUGCAGUGAUGGAACGUAUGAAGCCAAAGUUUUGAGCUACUUGAAUGGAAUUUCUAUCCAGCAAAACUCGAAAGCCGAGGAGAAAUCUCUCUUUACUUCAAAGAUAGAGGUGGAUAUUAGUAGUAGCUCAUGGGAGAGUGAUAGCAGUCUUGAGCCGAGCUUCCGAUAUAGCAGCAGAACUUUGGUCAAGAAGAAGAUAUGGGAAACUUUGGAGAAGUCAAUGGAGAAAGAUAAUAAGAUGCGGCGAGUCAAGAAAUUGAAGAAAAAACGAAAACUGCAAGUAGAAUCUCCAACUCCUGAGCCAGUUCCGACCGAAAUCUACCCUGAUGCCGGUCUAAGGAGGAAUCUAAUUCUAAAGCAAAUACAAAUCGCUCAUCUAUCCAAAAGGCAGUUAAAAAGAGGUGACAUUUCUGAGGAAAACCAUCUCAAACCGGAGGAACUGGGUCUUCAACCUGGAUUUAGUGAGGAACUAGGCCUUAAACCUGGAUUUAGUGAGGAACUAGGCCUUAAACCUGGAUUUAGUGAGGAACUAGGCCUUAAACCUGGAUUUAGUGAGGAACUGUGUCUUAAACCUGUAUUUAGUAAGGAACUGGGUCUUGAACCUAGAUUUAUUGAGGAACCGGAGUUUCAAUCUAGAUUUAAGAAGGGAUUGGACCUUAAACCUAGGUUUGAUGAGAAACAGGGCUUAGAGUCUUCGAUUAAUAAAUGCAACCUUGUAUCUUCAUUUGAUGGGAGAAACGACAUUGAAUCUUCACAUGGAGAUAAACCGGUCGUUGAAUCUUCGAGAAAAAACCUUGAAUCUUCAAUUGAGGAGUGGUUUUGCGAAGUUUGUAACCUAGAUUUCGAAACUAACCCACAGUUAAACACCCACAUGGUCAACAAACACGAAGGACUAGUAAACUUCCUCUGCCAAAACUGCGGUCAUCCUUUCUACGAGGCCACUCUAUACAACUCGCAUUUCCAAAAAGAGCACAACAAUAAAACCACUCUAGUAUCUUGUUAUCUAUGCGGGGGUGGUGAGUUUCCCGACUUUGUUACUCUGUUAGAACACUUGAAAACCUCCCAUGUGACUACAGAUCUGUAUCAAGAGAGGUGUUCAGAGUGUGGUGGGGUUUUUAUAAGCCGUGAAGUAUUUGAUAGACAUUGUGAGAAACUGAAAAUGUGUCAUCAGUAUUUGAUGGGUUGUUUUAGUGAAAAGGCUGGGGUAAAAUUUGGAGGGGAGAAUGCUGAAGGUGGUACGCCUGAUAGAACAAAAUUCGAGGGGGGAAAUGAUGUUAGCGUAGUGAGUAGGACAUACCUUGAAGGGGAAAAUGAUAAUUGUAGAUUGAGGGAUGAUGAUGGUAGUAUAGUGAAUGGAACAGACCUUGAAAGGGGAAGAAUAAUAGUAGAUUGAGAGAUCAAUCUAUGGAUGUUCUAGCUUGUGACCAAUGUGGGUCAUUUUUCAAGGCUAAGAAGUAUUUAAAACAGCAUCUAGCUGUACACCAUAGAGUGUUGGAUGUUUUUGAGUGUUACAUUUGUAGGAAAACUUUUGGAGCCAAGUAUAAGUUGACGGAGCACUUCAGUAUUGUACAUAGUGGAACUAGUUACAAUUGUGAGGUAUGUGGUAAAGGCUUCCAAAGCAAGUUUACGUUAGGGACACAUAUGAAGAAGCAUACGGGGAAUUUUGAAGUGUUUACCUGUGUUGAGUGUAGUCAGGAGUUUAACAGGAAACAGCUGUUAGUUGAGCAUGUGGGGGACAUGAAUAGGAGAUGUCUGUGGUGUGAUAUGUGGUUAGGUUGUAGGACAAAACUUUUGGAACAUAUUGAAGAGAAUCAUAGGAGAGUUGGGCGGUUAGAGUGUACGGAAUGUCGGCGGGAUGUGCAUUCUUUGACGAAAUUUUGGAAUCAUUUGAUAGUCUACCAUCCGGAACAGUGUAGGAUUGUCAACAAGAAUUGUGUGAUUUGUGAGAAGUGUAGACAGUUAUGUAGCAGUCGUCACCAUCUCAAGAAACAUCAGCGGAAGUUGUGUUUGGUGUCGGAGAAAAAUGUGUGUAAACAUUGUAAUGUUCGGUUAGGGACGAACUAUUUGCACGGGGUGCAUUUGGGGCGGGGUUUGAGGUGCGCCAUGUGUGGGGAGCGGUUUGAGUGUUUGACUUUGCUGAAGGAACAUGUGUACUAUGGACAUAGAAGUGGGGAGGAGGUGUUGGAUUUGGAGAAAACCUGUUAUAGGAGGGUUGUGAAUGGAUGGAAGUCUCCUAUGAGAGAUAGGAUAGGUGAGAGAAAUGGAAGUAAGUCUCCAGAAAGUAGUAGAAUAUCUGGGAGAAAUAGUAGUAAGUCCCCAGAAAAUGGGAAGUCUUGGAGAUGUGAAAGAGAUAGGAGUGUGGGAAGAAUUGAAAAGUUUAGAAGGUCUAUGGAAAAUUGUGGAAACGGGGAUGGAAAUGGAGGAGAAGCGGUGGGAAAUCGUUGUAGGAGUGGUGAAAAUGCAGGGGAGUUGUCAAGGUGUGGAAGAGUUAUGGAAAAUAGUGGAAAGGGCGAUGAAAAUGGAGGAAAAGCGGUGGGAAAUCGUUGUAAGAGCAGUGAAAAUGCGGGGGAGUUGUCAGGGUGUGAAAGAGUUGUGGAAAAUUGUGGAAAGGGUGAUGAAAAUCGAGGAAAAGCGGUGGAAAAUCGUUGUAGGAGUGGUGGAUAUGAGGGGGAGUUGUCAGGGUGUGGAAGAGUUGUGGAAAGUUGUGGAAAGGGCGAUGAAAAUCGAGGAAAAGCGGUGGAAAAUCGUUGUAGGAGUGGUGGAUAUGAGGGAGAGUUGUCAGGGUUUGAAAGAGUUGUGGAAAGUUGUGGUAGUAGAGAUGAAAAUCUAGAAAGAUGUACAGAAUCUUCUGGAAGACGACGUUGUAAAGGUAGGAUAUGUUUGAAAACUGGAGAAAGUUUUAGAAAAAACUUGGAAGGUAAUUAUGUAGAGAAAGUGGUUGUGGAUAAGGUUGAAAAGUUAUUGGGUAAGAAUGGGGAAAAUUUGAGAAUUGUAAACUAUUGUAGGGGGAAAAAUGAGAAACCCUCAGGAAAUGCAAGUUAUGGAAUCAUGAAAUAUACUGUCCCAUAUUCAAAUCAGGUGUCAGGAAAUGUGAAUUGGUCAGAAAACCAGGAAGUUUUGAAUCGUUGUCAUGGAACUACAGGAUGUAAUGUUUCAAAUAAUGAAAAACAUUCGAAAAUUGUGAACGGUUGUGAUGAGAAUUCAAAUGAAACAAUUUCCGUGGAAACUAAAAAAUCUGUUUCUCCUUCUAGAAGUUUUGAAGAUGUUCCUGUACCUUCCUCCUCUGAAGACGAAGUAUCUUUAAAAUCAGGUAAUGAUGAUUCUGAACGAGAUUACUGUUCAUUGACUUCGAAUAACUAUACCAAAGUUUUAGAUUGUGACAGUGAUGGGUUUGAAAAUAGAUCGGUUCUAUCGAUUGAUUCGAGUAGACUGUCGUUUAAGUUCAAAUGUUACGACUGUGAAAAUCUUUACCAAACUUUAAAAGACUUGGAGUGCCACAGAAGAUUGGCACAUGACUCGGAUAUCGAUGUGCCGGAAAUCAUGACCUGUGACCAUUGUGGGAGACAGUUUACGAAACGAACGUUAUUGGAGGGACAUUUCAGGAAAUGUGUGUGCUCCAUCUGUGGUUGCACAACUCGUUGUUGGACGUUGCUGAGGUUACACUGUUCCACUAAACAUGGGUCUAGAGGGGAUUGGAGUUGUGAUAAGUGUAGAAGAGGGUUUAGAUCGUCUGUGUUGUUUGUGAAACAUGCUAGAAAUUGUAGAGGAAUUGUUGUGAGGAAGGAUAGAAAGAGACGGAGGUCUGAAGGUAGUAAGUUGGUGAAACAUCCAAAGUUCAAAAGGAUUCGAACACUGGAUGAUGAGCAUAACUAUGAGAAUUGUGAUACAAACUUAUCCACUAAGAGAACGAAAAACAAGAGGAUACCUACUCCAGAUGAUGAUGAUGAUGAUAAUCAUGAUAAUUGUAAGACAAAUUUAUCAACUAGGGGAACGAAAUACAGGAGAAACCCCACACUAAAUGAUGAUAAUGAUGAUAACUAUGAUAAUUGUAAAACAAACUUAUCAACUAGGGGAACGAAAUACAAGAGAAAACCUACACUAAAUGAUGAUAAUGAUAAUUGUAAGGCAAACUUAUCAACUAGGGGAAUGAAAUACAAGAGGAUAUCUACAGUAGAUGAUGAUAAUGAUAAUAACUAUGAUGAUUUUAAGACAAACUUAUCAACUAGGGGAAAGAAAUACAAGAGGAUACGUUUGCUAGAUGAUUAUGAUGAUGAUGAUGAUAUUGUUGUUAAUACUACGGACAAAUAUUGUAACACAUACUCACCAACUAGUCCAACCAAUUUGAAAAAUACUGCUACGUUCAGGAUUGUGUUGAAAAACCGGUCCAAAAAGAUUUCUCCCCGUAAUUUUAAGGGUAGUCCAAAAAAGUCACUUCCCCGUAGUAAACAAAAGUCACCUCAAAAACCACCUGAGCCGUCCCCCUCUAAAAGUUCAACUGAUGAAGAUUUUGUGAAACCAAAACUGAGACCCAAAUCUAUGACUACCCCUCAGAGGAAAAGGGUUGAAUUUUUGAAAUCUAUGAGGGAAAAUUGUGAGACGUCCCCCGACAAAAAAAGUCCCAAGUUGAAGGCGAUUCGAGAAAGUGUCACGAAACUGGAGUUUUCUCCUGGGGAAGAUAAUAAGAUUGGAGUUGGGAUUUUGAAAUCUGUGAGAAAAAAUGGAGAAACGUCUUCUGAGAAGGUUGGUCCCAUUGAAAACUCAGUUUUGAUAUCUGGCAGAACGAAUAAUGUUUCACCUACUAGUAAUAGAUCAAUAGUUGGAAAUAUUUGGAGAUCUAGAAGGAAUCUUGGGAAAUUGACUCCACCGAAAGAUUUGAGUUUAGUUGAGGAUAGAAAUUUGAAGGGUGAUCUCAAACUAUCACCUAAGAACAGUGUAUCAGAUUUGGACGGUGAUUCGAAGCUUGUAAGGAAGCUCAAGAAAGAUUUCAUGGAAAAUCUUGAUGUAAAACCUUUGGAUAACACUUUAGAUUCUACAAAAGAGCUGAUAAUUGACACCAGUGUUUCUUACUGUCAGAGUGUUAAUGAUUCUUUCACAAAAAGUAAUUGUAUUUUAGGUGAGGAGAAACGUAUUAACGAAAUUCCCACAGAUGUCACAAGAACUGAUUUCUUUUUGAAUCUGAAUUUGGUUUCGUCCACACCGAUCAAUGGUGUUAGAAAAAGUGAGGGACAUUUGUUUCAAGGAAAAUUGGAUGGGAAAAUAUCUGGUGAAGAUUUGAAGGAUGGUCGAAAAUUCUGUAGACAGUUGAUUUCUGCUGGAGAUACAUCGAAAGUUGUAUACUGUGAAGCUUCCCCGAACCGUGUGCCCACAUCCAUAUUGAAAACUGUGCCUUCUGUCAAAUCCAAAUCGACUUUAAGACGAAUUGUGCAUUUUGAAGAUGACGUCGACGAAAAAUUUGGUUGUAAGUUUUUGAAAAAUGUCAGUCCAGAUAGUUGUAGAUCGUCUGUUGAUGUUCCUUCUGAGAAAAACGACUCGAAUGUUGUUGUUUCUAGUGCUAAGUCUGAAAAUGUGGAGGGAAGUUGUAAACCUAGUAGUAAGUUGCAGAUUUAUCGUUGUAGGUUGUGUAAGAAACGGUUUCCUAAUAGAGAUUUACUGCAAUGUCAUAUUACUAGUAAUGUGUGUAGGGUGAAAAUAUCAAAUUUGUCCUGAUUUUUAUUAAAAAUGAUUUCACAAAUUGAUCUAAUUCUAUGGAGACUGUAACUUAGAACUUAGAAGAGAUACUUUUAAAGAAUAACUACUUUGUUUCUAAUAAUUUGAUUGUAUGGGAGGGGAUGUAGUGGUAUUUCUCCAUUAUUGAACGAAUAAGACUGUGAUACCUCUUUAAAGUGGUAUUGACAAUAACAAAGUCUUAUUCUUUCAAUUACUUUGUUUCUAUUUAAAAUACAUUAUUGGACCUACAUUUUUAAAAAGUAUAAUGUACAGUGUAUUGUUGAUCUUAUAAUUAUGAUCAAAAGUUAAAAAAAUAUUGAAAUAUUUGACGUGGUGUUUUAGAAUAUCAUGUACGUUAGUUUAUUAACUGAGCUAUAUGAUGGAAGGAAUCAAUUUGUUACUUGUGUGUUAUUUAUUAUCCAGUAAUUGAAAAUCAAGUAUUUUUUUUACUAUUAUUGAUUUUCCUAAAUUAAUAUGAUUUGAUCAGAGAACGGAAUAAAAUUUCCAUUUUUGUGUCGGAUUUAUAAGAUUUUCAUUUUGAUCGUAUAUUAUAAAAUGUUUUCAUUUGUAAUAUUUGAUGAUUUUUCAACAGUGCAAGUCAAGUUUUUAGUGUAACUAUUUAAAUUUUGACCAUCUUUCAGUUUUGAGAGGUAAAUACAAUGCUAUAGUAUUACUAUUAUUUACUUGACGAAUAUUACAUACCGUAUUAUUGUGUGUACCUGAAUUUGUAUGCCUUAAAUAUGUUGUAACUCUACCAUUCGUUUAGGUACUUAGAAAUAUCAUACUUUUUAGUUGAUUACUUUUGCAUUAUUCGUGUAUUCCACAAUAGUUUUUAGUUCUGUCUCUAUUCCUAGUUUAGCAUAGGCCUAAUCUACACCAAACUAUUAUUUUUUGAUAAUUUUUGUAAAAUACUCCUUAGUUUCGUCAGUUUCCGAUUCUGUGAUAUAGGAAAUAUAUUGUUUAAUAAAAGUUAAGAUCAUUUGUAA